AUGUCUACCUUUGUAGUUCCGCAAAUUAUUAGAAAAGAAAUUUUUCGUUCAAACACUUAUCAUCCUCCAAAUUCGACAAGUACAAAAAGACGUCAAAAAUAUUCUUCAUUCCUUGAAAGAUUACUUCAAGAUCCCAUACUUCAAACUAUGGCUGAUAUUGGUAAACAGGAAGGUGCCAUUAAACCACUUCCUGCUCCUCAACGUGCUCAUACUAUGAAUUUUAUUAAAAUAGUUGUAAUUUUAGUUUUUAUUUUUUAA